UUCUCUCACAUAGCUAAUAAAUAACGAACUAGUUUUUUCAGCUCUCUCUCGAUUUGUCUCCGUUUAAUUUGUGAUUUUGGUUUCAAUGGCUGGUAGAGGCAAAACUUUAGGAUCUGGUGCCGCUAAAAAGGCGACGUCGAGGAGUAGCAAGGCGGGUUUGCAGUUUCCUGUUGGUCGUAUUGCUAGGUUUUUGAAGGCCGGAAAAUAUGCCGAGCGUGUUGGAGCCGGAGCUCCGGUUUAUCUCGCCGCCGUUCUUGAGUAUCUCGCUGCUGAGGUCCUUGAAUUAGCUGGAAAUGCAGCAAGAGACAAUAAGAAAACAAGAAUCGUCCCACGACACAUUCAAUUAGCAGUGAGGAACGAUGAGGAGCUCAGCAAGCUGCUCGGAGACGUGACCAUUGCUAACGGAGGAGUUAUGCCCAACAUUCACAACCUUCUCCUCCCCAAGAAGGGUCCCUCAAAGAGCCCUGCUGAUGAUGACAGUUAAGCUGAAAUUCAAUCAAUUUAGGGAACAAGAUCACAGAUUCUUACAAACCUAUUGCGUUUCCACUGAAAUUUCUUUUCUCUUCUAGCUCUUAGUUUAAUUAGUUUUCUUUUUGUUGUCUCUUUUUAUUUAGGGUUUGGGAUUCUAUGUAGCUGCAGUAGGAUUGAUUAGUUUGUUUCUUUGGUGGUUGAGUAGUUAGUGAUGUGCAUAUCUCUUAAUUAUUAUCUUGUAGUUCUCUUCUAAUAGAAAUCAAAAUAUUGUUGGAAUUUUUUUUUCCUUAA